AUGUGUAGAGCCUUUGUUUCUGGAUCUGGGAACAGCAUAUGGGCAAUUCCUCUUACCCUCAAAGGUCAUGAGCUGGCAGAGAUAAGAGAGCGAUCUCUGAAGAAUAUACUGUUUAAACUAGAUCAUAACUUGAUUUCAUAUGCUGAUCUCGUCCAUGAAAAGCUGCUUUUCCUUAAUCUUUUGGAGUGGUUCAAUUUUCCAGUGGUACCAAUGAAGGAGGAAAUUCUAAAUUUCAUGAAUAAUUUGAUUAAGCAUCCAUCUGCUGCCCAGCAAAUGAUUGGAAUUGGUGCAGUGGAAUUUUUCUCGCAGCUUCGCCCCAACGUGGAACCAAACUUACAGGCCAUAAUUGAUGGGAUUGUGGAUGGGCUGUUUUUGCUUCCUUCUGGAAUUCCUUCUAGUUAUCUGUCAGCGUGUAAUCAAACUCAGCCUCAGCCUUUGGUAGAUCAGUCAGCUCUACCUCAAGAGGAAUUAUUCACUGGAUACUUUUGUCAAGAUGGAAGUCACACGCAGCAGUUAGAAAUCUCUCCCAAAAGAACAAUUGUAAAAUGCCUGAAGUUUUCUACAUUUCCUUGGCUAACUCUUACUUCAACAGAUAGACAUGUUCUUUCAUCAAAUGAAAGCUCUCUGAGAAGUAACAACCACAGUUUACUUCAAAGACCAAAUAUUGUACAGAGCCUUUUGUCUCUGCUCAAGUUAGCUUUUGGAGGAGAUGGAAGACAUCGCCUAGCUUUGCAGGCUGUGUCAUGCAUGCAACAGCUAUGCCUCUUCUUAAGAUACAGACUUAAUUUUCACAGAGAUCCGAAUUUCUUCUCCAGUGAGCAAGGCACAGCUUCCCAGAAUUCAUCUAUAUCUUACUGUCAAGAAGCAAGAGGUCCUCCUCAUUCCCAGAAUCUGUCUCCUGGAAGUAGUAGCCCUCGGCCAUCUGUUAUUGGGCGGACAGUUCAGCGGCCUCGAGGAGACGGUCAAGACUGGGAUGCAGCUUCUUCCAGUGGAAACAGUACUCAAGGAAAUGCAAACUCAAGGCUGUCUCUGCACUCCCCGUUUGAUGUUGGAAAUAUUGACGUACCAGAUCUUGAAAAUGAGGAUAUUUUGGAAUUACAGAUGAAACAGUUUAGCCUUCCGCAGUUCUGUGUUUUGGUCCUGGAAAGUUCUAUACCUCUUCUAAGAACAGGCAGUAGGAGAGUGACAAUGGAAGUUCUUGAACUACUUGUUGAAGACAUGUACCUUACUGGUGAUGCUAUUUCUGAAGAUGUUUGGGAAGAUGAUAGCCUUUUUGGGUUGGAACUGAAGGACAAGUUGCUUGUUGUGUUUGAUUUGCUUGGAGAAACUAUAUCCUAUCACAAAAGCAAUAUUAGUGCAGAGCAGCCCGAGAUGAUACUGGUGCAUCAUAGAAUGGCAUUUAUCAGCAUCUCCCUUUUCACUGUUAGGCUGCUGCAGAUGCUUCUGCCUGUAGAAAAGGCAAGUAAAGUUUUACCGAAGAAUUUACUAGCUGCUUUAUUUCUCCUGUCUCUGGACAUGCCCUUCUCCUUGGAAUAUCCAAAUGUUCAUGAGUCCGCAGUAGCAUAUUUGGAGCAGAUGAGUUCAGAAAACUACAGUAUUUACAAACAAGCCUCAGAAGCUGCUUAUUCAAUUGAAUGCACUUGUAGCUUUAUGAUGGAAGCUCAUAAGGAGGGGGAUAAGAAUCUUUUUGAAUUAAUAGAAUUGGCAGAUCAGGCCUUAAGCAGUCUCCCUUACCAUCAGCACUUUCCCUUACUUCACGAAUGCAUCCAAAUAUGCUCCAAUAUUUGGAAAUCUGACCAGACCAACCCAGUGCUCCAGACUAGGAGUCAGAAGGUGCUUCUGCAUCUGUUGUCUCAUCCUGUGCAGAACAUAAAAACUGAAGCCUAUCGCUGUUGCUUGGAAGUGGUUAAGGACUGUUUAGGUAUUCAUAAUGCUGCUAAACCUGUGUCUUCAAUCUGCCAUGGAGUACACUUUCUUCUUCAUCCAAAAGUUUUAUAUGAAAUCUCUACAUUUGGUCUUCAAGAAAAUAAAACUGAGGUGAACUCUGCUGCCAAGUCCAUUCUGAUGUACCUAUUGCAGGGACGACUUGUAAUGACGGUGUUGACUUGGAACAAGUUUAUUGAGGCCCUCUAUCCCGUCAUUCCUAUUUUACAGGGUUAUGCUGAUACAAAAGAUACAUUAGGUAAUUGUAUCCUCACUUUGAGUGAGACAAGCUCUGAUCAAGGAGAGGGUGUUCUCCCUAGAGCUACUAGACUGCGGGCAGCUCUCCGUCUUCUUUUCUCAAAAAAACAGUUGGUUCGUUCUGUAGCACUUAAACAUUUAUCAUUCCAUCUUUUGAAUGAAGAAGGAGCCAACCUGAAACGCCCACAUCUGCAUGGUAGUGUGUUAUCCAUCAUUUCAAACUUGUUUAUUGUAGAAAGAGCUAUUGAGCUGAAAUUGGAUGAUAAAACAGAGUCGGUAUUUAAGGCAGAAACUGUUGAAAAACUUUAUAGCAUCUUGACCUCUGAUGCUGUUGACUUAAUUCUACGAAAGUCAGCAGCUGAACAACUAGCUAUAAUUUUGCAAGAUACCAAAAUGCAUAAUGCAGUGAAAAAGUUGGGUGUGAUAGAAAAGAUUUUGGCUUACCUCAAUGAGUGCAUACAUCAAGAUGGCAAG